AUGAGGUCUUCUACCUCUUUGGCCCUCGUGCCACUGUUGGCAUUCAUUGGCCUGACACAAGCAGCCAUUGCACCUUUAGAACGCAAUAUGGCAUACCGUUCACCUUCUUUGAGCGUUGGCGGAUCUGGCUUAUCGCACGAUAUCGAAUCGAUCGGUCAUCAAAUCAUUCGUCGUUCGGCUGAAUUGAAACGUCGUAAUUUCGAUUCUGUACGCGGUGGACAUGCUGCCGAUCAGCUGGUCUUGGAUUAUGACGGAAAGUAUGGCAGUGACGGUAGAGAUGCUUAUCAAGGUAACGUCACUUUCCCUUAUGGCGUUGCUGCUGGUGACCCAUACGAUGAUUCUGCUAUUCUAUGGACACAUCCUGUACCUGCAGACAACACAACAAAAGAUCCAGUCUGCUUGCAAUACCAAGUUUCAAAAUCGCAAGAUUUCUCAAACGGAAAUAUUGUUGACAGCGGUUACGCAUGGACAACGAGCGAUGUGGAUUACUCGUACAAAGUUGAAGCAUCCAACUUAGAACCGUUGACAAAGUAUUCUUAUCGCUUCUUUGCUUGUCAUGAUCAUUCCAUCGUUUCACCAACCGGUCAUUUCAAAACUAUGCCUGAACCAAACGAUGAAAGUGUCGAUAAACUCAAGAUUGCCGUCUUUUCAUGCUCCAAUUUGCCAUUCGGCUACUUUAACGCUUAUCGCGGUGCAGCAGAAUCGAAUGAUGUUGACCUUGCAAUGCACAUCGGUGAUUACAUCUACGAAUCAGCUGGUGAUGGCAGUAAAGGAUCAUACGGAGAUGGCAGAGCAUUGAAUCGAGUUCCCUUGCCAAACAAAGAGAUUUACACCUUGGAGGAUUACCGUCAAAGAUAUGCAUCUUAUCGAUUAGACAAAGAUUUGCAAACAUUACAUCAAAAGAAAGCUUGGCUUUUGGUUUGGGAUGAUCAUGAAGUGGCAGAUAAUAGCUACAACCAUGGUACUGCUGAUUCAAACAACACAGCCGCAGGUACAAAAGACGGUGUCACCUUUACUGACCGCAAGCGCAGUGCUGUCAAGGCAUACUACGAAUGGAUGCCAAUCCGUCAAGUGGAUACCACUGAUGGCUUGCGCAUUUGGCGUAAGUUUCAAUAUGGUAAAUUGGCCGAUAUCAGCAUGCUCGACACUCGUAACUACGAUCGUGACAUUACAGACCUUUACUAUAACACAGAUGAGAUUGCGGCAAUGUCCAACGAUACCAGCCGCAGUUUGAUGGGCGGAAAGCAAGAACGUUGGUUCUACAAGAACCUUGUUCAUUCUCAAGAACGUGGUGCGAUCUGGAAACUUGUUGGACAACAAAUUGUUGUUAACCAUUUGCAUUACGGACAGCCAACAUUUGAGAUCAAUUAUGAUGCUUGGGAUGGAUACAAAGCAAACCGACGUAGAAUGUUUAACACGAUCAAAGAAAACAAGAUCGAUAAUACAAUCUUCCUUGCCGGUGAUUCUCAUGCUGCUUGGGUAUAUGAUGCCAUUUAUGAACAAUGGGAGAAUAACACAAAUGCAUACGAUCCUUCAAGCGGUCAAGGUGCACUCGGUGUUGAAUUUGCAGGAACGGCUGUUAGCAGUCCAAGUUCGUAUGGUAAAUCGUUAACGAAAGAACAAUAUACCGCAAACGCAAAACGUUUGGUUACCAUUAAUCGUAACCUUCAAUAUGCUGAUGGAGGUACUCGUGGUUAUUUUACAGUCUCCCUAUCAAAACAAGAAGCCAAUGCAAACUUUUACGGAUUCUUUAACAAUACUUUGCCAGACGCAAAGCAAGAAUUGUUGGCCACCUUUAACGUCAAACGAGGAGCAAAUCAUUUGACAAGACCAAUCAACGGAAACAGAAAGCCAAUUUCUGGUGCUCUGCAAGGAGAAGUAAUUGACUACAAAAAACAAAAGUGGAACGGUACCGCUUUUGAGUGA